UCGUCGAAGGCACGCGCGUUUGUUGAGCGCAUGCGCGGUGACGCCGAAGUGAACGUUUCUAAUUUGAAAAAAGAAAUAAAUAAAAGACAAGAGUGAGUGUUGUAUUCCGAUCGAAAAUCUCAAAUAAAUCGAUUUAUUUGAAGGAUUUGUUGUGAUAUUUCCAGUUUGAUUAGACUCAGUGAAUAUUAGAAAGGAAUUUUUCUAACGUGAAAACGGGUUUGCAUCCCAUGUUUGUUUGUUAUGGAUUUCGUAAUAAUUUUAACUUCGAAUAAAUAUUAAUAAAAUUGUUUACCUACAUCGUUUUAUCGUGGGUGUUUGAAUUCAUCGAACAUCGAUAUCGACUGAUCAACAUUCCCAACUGGAUUCUAGUUGGAAAGAUUUAACUUUGGAGGCGGGUCGCUAACAAGGAUAAAAACAACAAAUCACCUUCGCAACUGAACGAAGAAAUGGCGCGAUUAUAAAAAUAAAAUAUUCAACGAUGAUUAGAACGUUCGAAAUUCAAAAGUGAUGAAGCCGGGAUUCAAGUGAGUGAGUGAGUGAAGUAAAAGCAAGAUGGCGUCACAAAUGAGUGUUGUGUUAGUGUUAUUAGUGUACUGUGUGAGUGUGUAUGGACAUGUUGCCCUCACCUACCCUCCAGCAAGGAGGUAUGAUUUGGACUUUCUGGAUAAUUCUAGAACGAAGCCGCCUUGUGGAAUGCCCAAAGGAACACUAAAAACAUCAUUUUUAGCAGGAUCAACAUUCACAGUACACUGGCAUUUAGCAUACGCACACCGAGGUGGAUUUAGUUUAAGAAUAUUGGACGAAUUAGAAAGACCACUUCUCGAUUUAACACCACGAGCGGGUGGAACUGAAUUUGUUCGAGAUGACGUCACUGCCCAAAAAUACGAGGUGCGUCUUCCGAGCGACUUUACCUGCGAGAACUGCACGCUGCAACUACAACGGGAGGCCGGCGAGUGGGGCAGCAACUACAGAUUCUGGUCCUGUGCCGAUAUCGAUAUAUUGCCACGCAAAGAAUACCACGAGACCUGUUCAGGCCAUGGUUUCUACAUCCUGGGCCGCUGUAAAUGCAACAAGAUGUACUCGGGACCCCGCUGUCAGUUCAGUGACGAGUGUUCAGAGGACAAUGACUGUGGUCUGCGAGGGAAGUGUAUCGACGUCAACGCUACGGAGUCACCUACCAAGAUGUGUUACUGUCCAUAUGGGUUCUAUGGGAAAGGGUGUAAUAAGAAGGCGCCCUGGAAGGACAAGAACGUGAACCUGGGCCUGUACAGCAAGCGUGAGAUGACGAAAAACUUCAACUUGUACUGGAGGAUACUGAAGGAAGACGCUGAGAUUGAGGUCAUCAUGAUGGUCAAUGGGACGUCGUAUGCUGGUGUCGGUUGGCGACCUAACGGUUUGACGAAAGAGUGUAAGAACUUCCCCGUGCUGGGACCCGUGGUCGAUGCAAAAGUAACCACACAAAAAACAGAACCAUUACCGGAGCCAGAGCCGAAAGCUGAACCAGAACCUAGCGCAGAACCGGAGCCCAGUCCAGAACCAUCUUCGGAACCAGAACCUUCGCCGGAACCGAAAUCAGAACCGGAACCGAAAACCGCACCCGAACCUAGCGCAGAACCAGAACCGACAACAAAACCGGAACCGUCUGCAGAACCAGAACCGAAUCCGGAACCGGAGCCAAGUGUACAGCCAGAACCGGAACCGACAAAAGUGCCAGAGAAUGACAAUAGGAAUAAGAGAGUUGCUAUGCACUCGCUUGACGGGUUUGACUUCAAAAACCUUGGCAACGACGGCGAAGUCACGGUGAAAACUAGUGUAUCGUACCAGGUGUCUAGUUCUAAGGGUCGUAAGAAGCGCACAGUAACGGAACCCACGGAUUCGGAUACAACGACCACUCAUAUGUCCCCUAAACACUCCGUUGUAUCCACUGAACCGUCAGCUUCUCCCGAACCUAUUUCCCAAUCAAGUCCCGUACCCACUGUCAAACCAAAACCAAAACCUACCAGACCAAAGUUCAAACCAAAGUCUAAAUUGUUAGCUGAACUUACAACUACACCUCAACCCAGCCCUGAGCCGACGACGGUGGCAGAACCUAGUUCUGUCCCAGAACCUACUACUGUACCUGAACCUAAAAUAGAACCGGAACCGAAAUCCGAACCCGAACCUAGUACACAACCUGAACCUAGUUCUAGUCCGGAGCCGGUGUCCAGCCCUGAACCUGCUCCCGAACCUACUAGUGAACCUGAACCUACCCCAGAACCGAAAUCUCAGCCAGAACCUACUCCUGAACCUAGUUCAACUCCAGAACCCAGUUCUAAACCUGAACCUAGUUCUCAACCCAAACCCAGUUCCCAACCAGAACCAAGAUCACUCCCAGAACCUAGUACCAAACCAGAACCGAGUCCGGAACCAACUCCAGAACCUAAAACCGAACCCGAACCUAAAUCCGAACCAGAACCGAAAUCCGAACCAGAGCCUAAAUCCGAACCAGAGCCUAAAUCUGAACCAGAGCCUAAAUCUGAACCAGAGCCUAAAUCUGAACCAGAGCCUAAAUCUGAACCAGAGCCUAAAUCCGAACCCGAACCCAAAUCUGAACCAGAGCCUAAAUCCGAACCAGAGCCUAAAUCCGAACCAGAGCCUAAAUCCGAACCCGAACCCAAAUCUGAACCAGAGCCUAAAUCUGAACCCGAACCCAAAUCUGAACCAGAACCUAAAUCUAUACCAGAACCGAAAUCCGAACCUGAACCUAGCUCGGAACCGGAACCUACAACGGAACCGGAACCGAAACCUAGUCCCGAACCUCAUCCCGAACCCGAACCCACCGCAGCAUUGGAACCUGAGACAUUGCUAGUGAAGGGACUUAAAGACGAAGCAGGUUACUUCCCCGCCCACGAAUACGUACCGAAGUUCGACUUCAACCCGAUGGACUGCACCGACAUCGUGAUAGGAACCGCUAAGGGCAACUACCACAGAGUGCUCGACUAUUACACCAGAGACAGGUCAACGCCCCGUGUAGACACGUUCUGGGGUGGACACGAUGACAUCACCGCCGCGUCCGGCUACGAGGAGAACGGAGUCACCACCAUCAUGUUUAGGAAGAAGAUUAAGGCUAAAGAGCCAACAGACCAUUCAAUAGUGGACGACAAUAUGCACGUGAUCUGGGCCCGCGGUCAAGAGCCGGGCAAGUACGUCCACUCCCCUCCCUCGGGGCUCGAGCGAGGCACCGCGUCUGUUGGAGACUUCUACAGACCUGACGAACUGAAGUACCAUGGACAUGGAUCACAGAGAGGCGUUGCUACUAUUAACUUCUUCGAGGAGACAAAAGUAUCAAUAUCAGGUGGCAUUCUCCCCCUUGCUGACAAAUGUGGCGGGCAAUGGCGUCUCCCAGCAGACUGCGACCCAGCCAACAAGACGUGUGACUAUGUCGCUACUUGGGAGUAUCUCGGACAGAAACGAGGCAAGGACUCCGUACGAUUCACUAUAUCUACCAAACAGACGAAGCAUUGGACCGGGAUUGGGUUCAGCGAUAAUAAAAAGAUGUCUCAAUCCGACGCUAUAAUAGGCUGGGUGGACGCUAGAUCAGGUCGUCCAUUCAUGAUGGAUACCUGGGUGUCUGGGUACUCUGCACCGCGCGUCGACCCUCGACAGGACCUGGCGCAGGAAGCCGGCAGCACGGUCGAUGGAAUCACCACGCUUAGCUUCGUUAGGAAACGGAAUACUGGGGAUCAGAAGGACCUCGGCUUCACAGACUCCCAGUGUCUGUACAUGAUGUUCAUCACUCACGGCGGCGGGUUCGACCCGGUCAACAAGCGCACUAGCAAACACAUGCAGACUCCAAUCGUUACUGACGAGAGAGUCUGCAUCAAACCCUGUGGGCCUGAACCAAUAGAAGAAGAAAUAACAACGGAGCCAGUGAUACCCGGACAGGAGUCGUAUACGAUGUUGAUCCGUAUCACGGGCCUGGCAGACAGCUACAAGCCGCCGGCGGCCGGCAGCAAGGAGUUCGACGAGCUCAGUAAGACGGUCGCUGACAGCCUCGCCGCCGAACUUGGGAAGAAUAAGGGAUACCACGCUGUACUUGUUAACGGGUUUAUGCAAAACGAAACAAAAGCGAUCAUAGCAGAAUUGACGCUGAAAUCAAUAGAAUCCAACUCUAUCGAGGGCUCGACUGGACGAGCCCUGUCUAGUGCCAACAGUACGGACGGCGCGGGGGGGGGCGCGGCGCGCUGGGAGCGGGCCGUGCGGGACACGCUCGCACUCGGCCGCGUCGGGAACCUCAAUGUCGAUCCUGAGUUCUUGGUCUUUGAGCCACAGAGUUUACUAUCAGAGCGUCCAACAGAGGAAACUACGGGCAAUGCGCGCGUGUUCUUCGGUCUCGCAGAAACCAAACUGUACGUCGUGGUCGGCUGCGUGGCGGCGCUCGUACUGGUCGCGCUCCUGCAGGCCGCCUGCACCGUCUACCGGACCAGGAGCAACGCUGUACAGACUAAGGAUCAACUAAUUCCAAACUCAGCCUGGAAAGACUAUUCAUCAGCAAACACAAACUACGCAUUCGAACCAUUUGAAAACGACGACAAAUAUAACAGUACCACAUCAACAGCUCCAUUACGUCACAGACAGACCCCGCUAAGACCCACAGACCCGCCCCCACCCCGCCCCGGCAGUGCCAACAAAACCCCAACAAAACCCAAGUCAAACGGGGUCAAUGGGCAACAUGGGGUCAAUGGCCAACACGGGGUCGUUGGACAACAUGGGGUCAAUGGUCACGACAUGAGACAUGGGGUCAAUGGACACGGUACUAAUGGCCGAAUGACCCCGAAGCACCAGAAUAGUGCGGCGCAGUACUAUCAUGAGACUAGGUCGUUGCAGCGGCCUAGGGGAGGGGGACAGUAUGGCUACACUGGUCGUCCGGACCGCGAGCGAGCGACAUACUCUCUCCCGCGCGGCGCCCGGGGCCCGGAGCCAGGCCUCUCCGCCCACCCAGACUUCUACUUCAUGCCCUCACAACGCAAAUACGAAGAUUUUUGAUGGGGACUACGGUGAAUUCAGAUAAAAUAAUUAGUUACCAACAUUAAAUUUUCUUACAUAUAUAAAAGCACCGAUUUGUUUUUAAGAUAUAUCCUUUUAUAUAUAUUCUCACAAUAAUUAUAACUUAACAUAUA